AUGCGCCUGGUACGUCAACAUUCAAACGGGUUUAUAUCAUUAGAUGAGGUGACAAUAGUGCCGGAUACAUUUGAUUUAUCAAACAUCACGCCUUACGACAUCAUAGAUAUAAUGGCCAAAAGAGAUACUGAAAGAGACUGUUUGCCAAAACCUGAAUGCGAUGAAGAGUUGUCCCAAACGUUGACACAAAUGUCGACAAAAAAUAAGGAUUUGAGGGAAGAGUUGAUGGCUUUGAAGGCAUCGAAAGGUAUGAUUGAGACGGAAGUGAAGGCAUUGAGGGAUGCGUUGAAAGACAUAAAUGAAGAGUUGGUUUCAUUGAAGGCAUCGAAAGAGUUUGUGUUUUUGAAGGAAACAAAUGUCAAAAUCGAAAGUCAUUUAAAUGUAUUGACAGCACUCGAGGGGAACAGACAUGUGAUCGACAACAAGGACACUGAAUCCACGGCUAGUGUUCAGACUAUUAAUGAUAAAACUUGUGGUCAAAUGCGAGGCGAUUGUAUGAACUCUGAGUCUGUGGGCAACACAUCAAUGUCUGCGAGUAUGGAAGACAUACCUCUGGAGUCAAACGCUGAUAAAAUCCUAUGGUUUGCGCGAAAGUAUAGCCAAAAGUUGACACAAAUGUGUGAAAUAUGGAAAUCAUUGUCUGGACUGAGGUUUGUGUGA